GAACACACCCUGGGGUAUCGGAACGAAGUGAAUUGAAAUGGCAGUGAAUUUCAGAACAUAGCCUGAAUGAAGGAAUGCUCGGACUCGAACUCUUCUUGCAGGUCUUUCGCUCAAGAUGACGAAGGGUACAUCCAGUUUUGGUAAGCGCCGUAAUAAGACGCACACAUUGUGCAGAAGAUGUGGACGUAGUUCUUACCACAUUCAAAAGUCACAGUGUGCUCAGUGUGGCUACCCAGCCAAGAAGAUGCGUUCAUACAAUUGGUCGGUCAAGGCAAAGAGGAGGAAGACCACUGGUACCGGCCGUAUGCGUUAUCUUAAGAUUGUUCGCCGCAAAUUCAAGAAUGGAUUCAGGGAAGGCUUGCCAAAACCCAAAGCUGUUGCGGCUAAAUAAUAAAAGAAUAUCUUGUCUUAUUGUCUAAUUAAGUUGUACAAUUUCGACUGCAAAUAAAAAAAAUUUUUAAAUACAA